AGUUGCAACAAACCCAGUAAUACAAUCGCCGUUGGAGAAAGUGAAACGCAAAUGCUCUUUCUUGCACUACUGAUCUUUCCAAUUCUUAUUGCAGUCCUGCAGUGCCAGAGCGUUGGUCGGUCACCAUAUGAAAGCGAAGACUAUGAUAUUAAGAAGUUUGUGCACACGCCGGAGCCCAUCUGGGCAUACAACACGACCUCGUAUGUCACGCUUCCCUGUAGGGUUGACGUAAUGUACAAUUUGACGGACCCGUUCAUCCUGUUCCACAGGUCAUAUUUCUCGGGCAUCACCAAAAUAACAGAGGAAAUGAUGGGAGAGUUUAGCCCGGAGCAUGAGAACAGGAUGUUCGUCGGCCCUCAAGAUAUCCUAUUCUCCGCUGUGGAAGAGCUCGUGUACACGAGCGUAAAUGGAAGCUGUGGAAUCGUUAUGGUCAGACGCUUGUAUGGCGAUUUCGACCCAUGGUUUGACCUCCGGAUUAAAAACUCGUCCACUGAAUUCGGUCCUGAUAUUGAUUGUGUGGUACGUUUCAACCAUAUUGGGCAGCAAGGACAGCUUCUUUACAUGCCGGACUGCCAAGGGAUAAUUCGAACCAACAGUUAAUAUAAACGGUUCCCAAUUUCACACGUAGGUAUAACAUCAUCACCGACAGAAGCACCGGAGUGCGAUCCCUCUUCACCCAAACUUUCACAACAGCGUUUUGCACUUUCAUAACUAAUCAGCAAUAAAAAG